CGACCCGCCAUAGCACCUGAACGACCGCAAAUUACCACCCGCUGGACCCUCGACGACGCGACUCCAUAGCGCGCUGCCACUGCAAACGACGUAAUCCCUCUCUCGCGACUGUCCUGACAGAGCGACGGCGCUGGGCGCAUCGCAUCCUAUCGUUGGACCUCUUCGCGCUGGACUCGCCGGCUCCGCUGCGACAGCAGGCGCUGAGUGAGGACUCCCCUUGGGGCCAGAAGAAGUAAACCUCGGGACGCACCUCUAUAUCCAUGGCCUGCUAUUGGCAGUAGCGCGGCCGCGAAUCAUCUCGACGCCCUCAUGGCAUGCUGACGGGCCGAGGAAGCAGCAGAGCGCGUUACACUGUGGAGAACCAUGCAAGUCGACUUUGGCGACGAGGGAGAGACGGAGCACAGCCUGCACCUGACAGCCAACGCCCACCAGCACUACGAACACGCGGGGCCUGGCAGCGGGCCGGCCUACUCGCCCUUUCGACAUCCAGGCGGUGGUGGUGUACCAGCAAUUGAUCCGGGACUGGAGCAGAGCACAGGUGCCAGCCGCAAUGUGCACACGCCCAUGUCGGCGGUCCCCCAUCAGGCCCAGUCCAGUCACCUACUUCAGCCAGACAAUGCCCAUAACCUCGCCCACGGCUUCUAUGGCGAUAUGCGCAGCUCCCAGACUCCCCCAGCGUCUGCGAAAGCCUCGCCGCGCUUCUCCGCCAUAUCGCCCACCAGCCAGCCGCGCCAGGCUGCCUCCCACUACGAGCCCGCCGACCGCGACACGCCAUCGCGCGAUGUAUCCGACGACACCAUCGACCACGCCUACGCGACCUUCAUCCUCUACUGCAACCCCAACUUCCCCACCACCAUCGACACGAGCGAACUAGUCAAGCUGUUCCGGACACCGCCAAAGAGCGACGGCAACGCAUUCAACACAUGGACUCUCUUCGAGCUGAUACGCAAGCUGGACGCCAAAGAAAUCAAAACAUGGACACAACUGGCGCUGGACCUGGGAGUCAAGCCGCCCAACACGGACGAGGGACAGAGCACGCAGAAGGUGCAGCAGUACUCAGUCAGACUAAAGCGAUGGAUGCGCGCCAUGCACAUCGACGCCUUCUUCGAGUAUCUGCUGGGCAAGCAACACCCCUACUUCCUGCAAAUACCUCAUCCUCACAACCCCUUUCCGACUGAUGGACGGGAUGGUGUACCUUUGGAGGAAGAUCUGGCUAUCCGGGCUCUCGAUCCCAAGUUCAAGCCGAAGCGCGGACGGCGGAAAGCUGAUGACGGAGAGGACGACAUCGACUUUGACGAAGGCGCGCCGGCUCGUAAGCGCCCGCAGUUGGAUACGUCAAUACCGUUUGGCAACGUGCUGCAGCCCCAAUCAGCAUACCCCACUAGCGCCCAUCCUAACAACAUGCAUGGAGGCUUCCUCACCCCUCAAGAGCCAUGGACUACAGUCUCAACCGUCACUCCUUCUUCCGCUUUGACAGCAGCGUCAGCACCAAGUCGUUUAGGCCAGAGCCUGACACCAUAUACCGAUUCGCCAAUGUCUGGACAACACAUACGAUGGCGACUGAAUACUCACGACACACCUCAAACCCCUCAUCCACUUUCCGCGGUAACACCACAAUCCGCAUACCCCUUCUUCGAUGAGCCUCAGUCUGCCGUCACCCCGUCCAGUGCAAGGUCACGCUCUCGUCGACGCCACGGUCCCGCUGUAUCGUCGGCAUGGUCGACCAACAAUACCUCGUCUACCGGCAAGCUUCGUGGCCGGCCGCCGAGCAAUCGAUCAUUUCGAGAUGGACCGUACAACACGUUUCCGGCCAAUCCGAAGACGAAAGAAGGACCACCCAUCGACCGUACUCCAGGCAAUCUAACACCGAUAGUUGAGCGCGCACAUUCUGACCCUCCAGCACCCGAGAACUCGUUCCGCUUCCCGCCAACACCGGCGUCUGCCAUAUCGCCUUCCAAAAUGGAGGGCCAGCUCAUGGGUGGCGCGCCGCAGAAACAGCGACUGAGUCUCCAGGUCCCUCCAAAUGUCGGCAACCCAGUAGUGCGAUUAGUCACACCAACGGUACUGGUAAACGGAGAGCAAAACGACUCUCCCGGCACUGGUCUAGGGCCUUCUCCAAUAAGCGCCGCCUCAACACAAGUUUCACCCGCACAUGCCUAUGAACAGCAGAGCAUGUACCAAAAACAAGACAACAGGCCAACACAUCAGACCUACCACGGCGCGCUCACCCCCUCGGAAACACCCGCCCAACAACGACCACCACCGCCAAUCCGCUCGCAAACCUCCCCAGACCUCUCUACCACCUCCCCGUCUCUCCCUUCAAUCCCUCUCGAAACACUCAACCGCGCCCUAGCCGCCGAGCUAAUCCGCGCCCCGUUGACCGGUCGGCGGAAGCGUUUAAGAGGCAACGAAGCGAAAACCCUGGCUACUGCUAUUCUCCAACCACUCUACUCAAAACCAACAUCGGGACUACCUUCCUCCCCAGCUAAAGUUAUGUCCGAUCAAACCCUCGGCAUAGCAAUCAGUAGUUGUCUCGGCCUCACCAGCGCAGUCGGCAUCGGUAUUGGCGGACCUACAGGUGGCGUUCGUCGCGUAGAAUGCAUACGAUUUCGUAUUGGCGGCGACGGCUACGAGUCCCCCAUCGACGACGAUGAAGACGACGGUGAUGCUACUACCGUAGAUAAUCUACAUUCUCGUCCUGGCAACUCAGGCAAUCGCAUAAAAGAAACCUUUGACGUCUACUUCGCCGUAAACUUCGGCGGGUUGACCGGAGAGUGGGUUGCCAAGGGUCUUGAAAUACGCAACGAAAAUACCGAAGACGCGAGUGGAGACCGCAGAAGAGACGGCGAAGCGGCAUUAGAUAGGGAUGAUGCUGGGCCAAGUCAGAUGACGCCUGCAGCAUGGAAAAGCAAGUUUCUAGACAUGCAGCGACGGUUAUGGGAGAGAGAAGAAGAGGUUAAGAGUCUCAAAGAUAGGAUUCUUGAGGCUGUGUUGUAGGAGGAGGACAGUUCGUUUCAUUCAUGCCGGUAAAAUAUAAGGUGGGUUGAUGUCUCUUUUGAUGUUUGUGUAUAUUGGGCGUAUAUGGGAAGGUUGGGUAAGGUUGGGAGGUUGGAUCUGCUAUAUACCCCAGUUUGCUGUUUGGUAUUCUUACUCUUGGGAUUUGGGGUGUGGGUUAGGAUGGGAUGAGGAUGAGGAUGAUGUAAGAGGGAUGGAUAAAGCGAAGGGAAAAUCUUGGAUGUAGGUAGCAUAGCGUGUAGGUUGUUU